AGCCAUGGAUCCGGGCCAGCAGCCACCGCAGCCUUCCUCCCAGGGCCAGGGGCAGCCUCCGUCCCAGCCCCCCCAGGGUCAGGGUCAGGGACCACCGACUGGCCCUGGGCAGCCGGCGCCCCCAGGGGCUCCCGGCUCCCAGGCUGCGCCGCCGCCACCUCCAGCUGGGCAUCAAAUCGUGCAUGUCCGGGGGGACUCGGAGACCGACUUGGAGGCGCUCUUCAACGCGGUCAUGAACCCCAAGACUGCCAACGUGCCCCAGACAGUCCCCAUGCGCCUCAGAAAGCUGCCCGACUCCUUCUUCAAGCAGCCGGAGCCCAAAUCGCACUCCAGACAGGCCAGCACUGAUGCAGGGACUGCAGGAGCCCUGACUCCUCAGCAUGUCCGAGCCCAUUCCUCUCCAGCCUCGUUACAGCUAGGGGCUGUUUCACCCGGGACACUUAGCCCUUCUGGAGUAGUCUCUGGCCCAGGAGCUGCACCCGCUGGCCAACACCUUAGACAGUCUUCUUUUGAGAUCCCAGAUGAUGUACCUCUACCAGCAGGCUGGGAGAUGGCCAAGACAUCAUCUGGCCAGAGAUACUUUUUAAAUCACAUCGAUCAGACAACAACAUGGCAGGACCCCAGAAAGGCAUUGCUUUCCCAGAUGAAUGUUACAGCUCCCACCAGUCCACCAGUCCAACAAAACAUAAUGAAUUCAGCCUCCGGGCCCCUUCCCGAUGGAUGGGAACAAGCCAUGACCCAGGAUGGAGAAAUUUACUACAUAAACCAUAAGAACAAGACCACCUCUUGGCUAGACCCAAGGCUUGACCCUCGUUUUGCUAUGAACCAGAGAAUCAGUCAAAGUGCUCCUGUGAAGCAGCCGCCACCGCUGGCUCCCCAGAGUCCUCAAGGGGGUGUACUGGGUGGAGGUAGUUCCAAUCAGCAGCAACAGAUAAGACUGCAACAGCUACAGAUGGAAAAAGAGAGACUUCGACUAAAGCACCAAGAACUGCUUCGGCAGGUGAGGCCACAGGCAUUGCGGAAUGUCAAUCCCAGCACAGCAAAUUCUCCAAAACGUCAGGAAAUAGCUCUCCGAAGCCAAUUACCAACAAUGGAACAAGAUGGUGGAACUCAGAAUCCAGUAUCCUCUCCUGGAAUGAAUCAGGAAUUGAGAACCAUGACUACAAAUAGUUCUGAUCCCUUUCUCAACAGCGGCACCUAUCAUUCCCGAGAUGAGAGUACAGACAGUGGGCUGAGCAUGAGCAGCUAUAGUGUACCCAGAACCCCAGAUGACUUCCUCAAUAGUGUUGAUGAAAUGGAUACAGGUGAUAGUAUCAGCCAAAGCAACAUACCCUCACAGCAAAACCGUUUUCCAGAUUACCUUGAAGCCAUUCCAGGGACAAACGUGGACCUUGGGACACUGGAAGGAGAUGGAAUGAACAUAGAAGGAGAAGAACUAAUGCCAAGUCUUCAGGAAGCUUUGAGUUCUGACAUCCUUAAUGACAUGGAAUCUGUUCUGGCUGCCACCAAGCUAGAUAAAGAGAGCUUUCUUACAUGGUUAUAGAAGCCUCAGGGAGACUAAAUUCUACAUCUGUGAAGGAUCUAAAGAAAUAAGAUAUGUGUAACCUGAAUUUUCCAAAUAAGCCAGUGUGGCAGACUUUUGGCUUACUUAGAGCUGAACCAACAUCCAGCAAGAGUCUUUCAUCCCCAUAUUUUGCUCUUCCUUGUCCAUUGCUGCUGUUAUAUAUUGCUGACCUCUUUUACAGUUGGCUCUGAAGAAUCAACAACUUUGGUUUUGAUCUCUAUUUCUAUUGCUGUUGCAACUACUGUUCGUUUUGGGGGUUGGGGGAAAUGAGCCUGUUUGGCUGAUGAAUACCAUUCCUUUUGCCCAAUUAUGUGUUCACCUAUCAUUUUAGCUAAGUACUCUGACUUGUGAGUUAAAUUCUACAUGUCACAGCUUGUAGUUUAUUCAAGUAGUUGUCUCUUCAGCUGCCUGUGGCAAGUGGAAAAACAUGACUUACUGGUCUGACAAGCCCCAAAUGAUGUAUCUGAUCAAAAGACCUCGACACUGACACAGAGGAGGGUACAGCUCAAACCAAGAGUGAGGCUUGUGUCGGAUAGCCUGUGUUUUCCACUAUUAGCUCUGUCAUAAGUCAUAUAGCGCCCUGGAUUCUACUUUUAAGAUAUUAAAAAGCAUGGGACAGUUUCUAUAGAAACACAUGAAUUAUUGCCACAUACUCUAGCUAAUUUCUGUCUGUCAGGAAUGAGACAAUUUAUCAUAUUAGUGAACAUAGUAGUUAUAGUUUGGGAGGGUUAUUGUAGUUUUCUUUAUGGUGAAAUCUACAUUUCCUGGUUUCACAGUCUUAUUUAAAUCUUGAUUGCCCUUUUUUAUACAUAUAUUAUAUAAACUUACCAUAUGUUUAUGUUAGAUUGAUAGUUGAAUAUAUAGUUUUAUAUGUUUUCCCUGUAACUUUUCAGUUUAUUUUUUUAAAGGUAGUUUUGAAUGUAUCCAUUUAGAAAACAUGACCAGUGGCUUGUUUUUCAUGCCUAUUACUAAAAUGUGUAGUUUAAAACUGGUUGAGGGCAGUCCAAAGGUAUGUAGAGGUUGGGGAGAAAGGGAAUUGGGUGUUCCAGACAGAAGUCCUGCAUCAGUGCCCUGCGCUCUGUAGGCUCCAAAAAAAAACCAAAACAAAACAAAAAACCUACAAUGUUUGGUUUGAGAGCAACAAACAAAAGGAAUGCUUUUUUGUCUGUUUAAGCUUCAGCCCACAUGGGCUUCUCAAAAUCCUGGUGAAAUCAGUAAGGAAAAUAGCAUUCACAACAGAAGAAGGAUUUUUUUAUUAAAAGUUUUUCCUUACUCUCAUCUUGGAAGACAGUGCUAGAAAAAUGUUUUCAUGCAGUUAAUUUAACAAGCAUUUGUUUGCUGAAGUUAUCUACAAUAUACAGAAAAUAGAUUAAACACCAGGGGAAUCUUAAAAUUUGGACCAUAAAAGGUCCCCACCUUAUGAUAAUUACCAGACUGUCCUUAUGAAAUACAAGAACCUCUGUGCUGGAAAUCUUGCCCUAGAUAGAAUGUAGAAGACUAUUAGGCUAUGUGUUAACUGGCAAAGGGAUCAGGUAAUUAAUUCAGUGCAUUUUGAUAGAUGAAUUAAGCACAGCGAUAGAGAGGGGUGUGAUUAUAUCUGUAUUUUAACAGGAAGAGAUGUUAGACUGCAUUGUCUACAAGAAAAUGACAGUUCCAAAGAGUAUUUUUUUUAAUGAACAAAAUGAGCAAUGAAUCAACUUCAGUAUAAGCUAUGAGGUAAUUUUUUGUUUAUCAUUUAUAGAGACACCAGCUAGUACCUCUAUAAUUAAGGGUCUGUCAAUGUUUCCAUGAUAAGCCCUUAUUUUCAAGGGUUUUAUAACUUAGCCAUUAAGGGGGAAAAAAAUCCUGGCUGAAGCUUGAUUUGAAAAGUCUUGGCUCAAGGGAUAUGUUUUUUUUUUUCCUAAUUAUGCAUUCUGAGUAGUUUGGCCCUUGGACUUAAAAGAGUACAAAAGUGAAAGCAAGAAGUUUAAUGUUAGAAAAUGUCAGUGCUCCAGAAACUCAAUCACUGUGUUAUAUAUAAUGAUUUCCAGGUUGAUGGUUCAUAGCAGUUGACUUUAGGGAUUUUUAUUAAGCAAAAAAGCAGUGGAGAAAUUGAGUAUGGGGAAAAUGCACUGUGUAGGUGUGAUAGUCUUUUAGAAAAAAUAGAAUACUACUUAGAAUGCACAAUAUAGUAUGUAGAUGGUACAGCAUGUUUGUUUGUUUUUAAAUGUGCAUAAGAUCAAAGCUACUCUGAAGGAGAACUAAAAUUCUAUUCUGCCAAAUUCACAAAUUAAUGUUUCAUCCUCAGUAGUAGCACAUAAACUUGGGGGUCUUGUAAUGUUAAUGGGACCUUGAUAUAGAGAUUUUAGGGGGGGUUUUCUUCCCUUCCUACCCUAUCUUGCCACUUGGUCAUUUAAAAGAAUAUUAUUUCAAAAUGUAAAGGUAUUAUAUAAUUUGAUAACAAAAACACAAAACAAGAAUAUCUACAUCUUAUUUCCCUUCUACCUUAACUUGUCAAUUUAUACCUUAAUUUUGUAGCUUCCUGGCACACCUCACUGUAUAGUGAUGUCAGAUGUCUAGUGUGCCAGAGUGAAUAACAAGGCUUCUUUCUUCCUGGAGUUCAAGUCACAUCCAUGAUGUUACUUUUAAGAUCUUGUUUUUCCUAUAUAGUUUUUUUAAAAGUACUUAAUCUUGGUAGAUUGGGGAUAGCAUUGAUAGGGGUUCUGACCUUAACUGGGUAUCCUUGAAUUGUUUUUAACACUAAACCAAUUUUGUAACCGUUAGGUUUAUCAGCCUUUUAACACUCAUAUUCUUUUCAAACAGACAGAAAAAUUCUUCCAAACCAUUUGUCUGCUUGAUGAUCCAAAUUACUUUGGUUUUUCUGGUGAUCAAAAGAAAAUAUUUUAUGGAAGCAGAUUUUUUUAAAAAGCAGAAAUACCUUUUUUUAAAAAACUUGAUUAAUUAAAGCAAUAAUAUUUUAAUCAGAGAAGUGAGUGGUCUUGAAUACAUGCUCAGCAUUAAAUGGCUGCACUGUGUAAUGAACUCUGGCAGGAAAAACUGGGAAAUAACAGUAAAUUAUGUAACAAAAAUAAAUCAUACCAAUCAGUGUUGGAGCUUAAGCAAUGCAAAAAGGGGAGACAACUUCAAUAUGAUUAAACAGUUAAAUAGCUUUUGCACAUCUUGGAAAUGAGUGCUCAGUUGAAUUUCACUUUGUAAGCAUGUUUUUAUAAGAAUAGUGGGUGUGCCUAUCUAAACAAAACUUUUCUGUAUCUUGAAAAAGUACUCUCCACAUUUUAAAUGUUUUAUAUUAGAGAAUUAAAUGAACACUUGUCAAAUAUAUAUAUAUAGUACAAAUGUUACGUUUUUGUUUUUAGAUGUAAGAGCAUGCCAGUAUGUUAGGUACCUACAUAAAUACUGUUACGUUAUUUUUCUUCAUGUAAUACUUUUUUUCAUUUGUUUAUGUGGUAUAAAUAUAUACUUUAUGCUUAAACUCACCUUUGUUGUUUCUAACAGUUGAUAAUAUUUUAAACUGUUUUGGUUUCUUAGGUAUAGAUAGCAUUUGAAUUUUUAAGUCCAGUCAUGGUGGGUUUUUCUGUUGUUUUGUUUUGUUUUGUUUGUCAUUUUUUUUAAACCUCUGUACUCAUGAAGUAGUGGCCCGUGCAGUCAAGGGUGCUGUCACUUAUAAGAUAGCAGCAUUGCUGUUCAUGUUCCAUAAGGACUUUCUGAGCAUAACAACACAACACAGCAUAACUGGGAAGAAUGUAAUUAUACCUUUUUGUGACAGCCUGCAGUUUUAUUUCCCCAAUCUGUCCUCUUGGUGCCUUGGAAUUUCUUUACACUUAUAUUAGUAAAUACCUCAUUUUGACAUAUUCUAGGCUUCAAAUGUCUGUCACAGGUUUAUUAAUAAAGACAUUCCAGAAUUUAAA